AUGGAGGCCGUGGAGAUCCUACGUCGAGAUGUUGCGGACCUGCAGCAGAAUCACAACGGCGACACUAUCCAGAGUCUCGCUGUUCAAAGCGAAGUCGCUAUAAACGAGCACAUAGCUCUCUUGGAUUCGCUUCGACUGAAGGGUCCCCGUACCUUCCUUCAUGCCUCGGCUGCAGCAUUCAAAGCACGGCGCAAGCAGCGCCAGCUGUACGAGUCUCAGGCGAAAGUUGACCGACUAUCAGAAGAGCUCAAGGCGCACAUUGUCAUGAUCCGCAUCCCGAACAUAGAUCGCAAUGUGGACCACCUUGGCGAUAAGAUAGCGUCACACAAUUUCUCCAUCGACCGUGACAUGAAGACCAUCGAGCAGCACCUGAACAGGGUUCGCAAAGUGACUGAAAGUAACUCGAACACCGCGAACGCUACAGCGGAGCUCGUGGUAGAGUUACAACGAUGGCUCAAAGAUCAACAAGAUUCCCAGGCGAACAGGCAGUGUCUACACGCACUCUACUUCUCAGAAAUCAGGAGUAGAGCCGAUCAAGUAAAGCGAGCGCACGAAGACACGUUUAGUUGGAUCUUUGAUGGGACUGGAGAUGUGUUUGGAUCUAAUCACAAAAACAAGUUCAAGAACUGGUUACGACUGGACGAUCCUAACAGAAACGUGUUCUGGGUGUACGGAAAACCCGGUGCGGGGAAAAGCACUUUGAUCAAGGUAAGUUUAUGA